GCGGCUGGGCAGGGCUGGGCACGGCCGCGGACGCCGGGUCCCCCGUUCCCCGCCACGCUGCAGGCGCCGGGCCCGGGCCGUCAGGGACGCUGUGACCCAAGCGCUGUCCGGGAGGCGAGCUGGGGGUGCGCCCGGACCCCCGCCCCCGGGAUCAUGGGGAAUGGCAUGACCAAGGUACUUCCUGGACUCUACCUCGGAAACUUCAUUGAUGCCAAAGACCCGGAUCAGCUGGGCCGGAAUAAGAUCACGCACAUCAUCUCUAUCCAUGAGUCAUCCCAGCCUCUGCUGCAGGAUAUCACCUACCUUCGCAUCCCGGUGGCCGAUACCCCUGAGGUACCCAUCAAAAAGCACUUCAAAGAAUGUAUCAACUUCAUCCAUUGUUGCCGCCUCAAUGGGGGGAACUGCCUUGUGCACUGCUUUGCAGGCAUCUCCCGCAGCACCACCAUUGUGACGGCAUAUGUGAUGACUGUGACGGGCCUAGGCUGGCGGGACGUGCUUGAAGCCAUCAAAGCCACCCGGCCCAUCGCCAAUCCCAACCCAGGUUUUAGGCAGCAGCUUGAAGAGUUUGGCUGGGGCAGUUCCCGGAAGCUUCGCCUGCAGCUGAAGGAGCGCUUCGGGGACAGCCCUUUCCGCGACGAGGAGGAGGUGCGCGCGCUGCUGCCGCUGUGCAAGCGCCGCCGCCAGGGCUCUGCGACCUCGGCCGCGUCCGCCCCGCCGCACUCGAGCGCCUCCGAGGGAGCCUUGCAGCGCCUGGUGCCGCGCACGCCGCGCGAAGCCCACCGGCCGCUGCCGCUGCUGGCGCGCGUCAAGCAGACUUUCUCUUGCCUCCCGCGGUGCCUGUCCCGCAAGGGCGGCAAGUGAGGAUCCCGCCCCGCCGUGACUCCCCUCUUCCUCCCGACGGGUCCCCUUCGGGAGUUGUCUGGGUCUCCCGCGGCCUCCAGGACGGGCCCAGAGGCUGCGGGAGCCCGCGGCGGCCUGAUCCCCGCCCGCGAUGCCCGCCUUUGCUUGUCUGCGUCUGCAGUGAGUGUGUCCUCCAUCUGCGCGUCUCUGUGUCCGGCCGGCCUGCUGCAGCCACCUGGUGCCUUAGUCCUUGGGCUGGGGGAGGAGGCCCCCAGGCCUCCACCCUUAAAGACGGCGGGAGUCGGGGUAGGGGUGGGAGUUGAGGUUGGACAAGCCUGGAGGAUAUUAAAGAGACACAGAAGCUGAC